UGGAUCCAGCCCUGACUGCACCAGACUUCUCCCCUCCCUGUCUCUUCUCCCCAGUCCCUCUCUUCCGCAGGCCGUUGCUUGCACAGAGGCAGCGGAGAUCGUCUGGGACGCCCUCUCCGAGCUAGUGAGGAUUUUCCGGGGGUGCCAGCCACUCUUUCGACAUUUCCUUGGGGGGACUCGAGCGAGGUAAGCCCCACCGGAUCUGUGUGGGCGGGAGCGGCCACGAGCCUCCCGCAGGCCUGCCCGUCCUCCCGGCUGCCCGUCCGUCCUCAGUCGGGCCCGAACGCCCCACCUGCUCCAGGGUGAGGAGGAGGAACUCCUGGGACAGCAGCUCAGGGUGCAGCAGCAGCUCCGCGUCCGUGCAGCUGCGACCGCCCACAUCCCCCGCCAUGGUCGUCGCCAGGAGACCCCUGGCCGGCUACCCACAAGGCACCGCGGCGGAAGCGUCCCGGAAGUGACGACAUGCGGGGCGGGACUCCGGUGUCACUCGGCGCGCCCGAGACCUGAUGCUUUCUGUGGGGCUGGCAUCCCAAGCUGACGCACCUCAGUCUAGAGGACCGACUUGGGGUGCCGAGCUCAGGAGCGGCCCGGCUGGGCCGCGCCGGAAACACCGAAGGCGAAGCAACCCGAGCCGGCCGCCAUUGGUCGCACCUCCUGUGACGUUUCAUGGCAGAGGCCGCAGGGAUUCUCCGGACUUUUUGGAGAGACUGAAUCGAUCAAGAGGGCGGAUAGCCCUGACCCCGAUUGGCAUGGUCACGUCUGAAGCCAUCCUUCUUUUCGCACUUUACGAUGUCUCAGUCGUUUGUUGCCUAAUCUCCCUUCUGCAUAAAUUUUUUCCACCUGGAUGUUUGAAGCCUGUUGAUUGACACCAUGGGAGAGAUGUAACAAGAAGGCAGUGUAUGGAGCAGCAAGUUUAAUAGUUUAGAAAUGCAGUCCCAAGCCUUUGCUCUACUCCUUAUCCUGUGGCUCUCUGGACCCAUCACCCAAGCUGAAGCUUCAGACUUUUCAUCUACAAAAAAAUUGUGACAGAGCACCCAGUAGACAUGAUGAACAUCAAGGCCUUCACCUUGGUCUCUGCAGUGGAGCGGGAGCUGCUGACGGGUGACAAAGAGCAUAUCAGCAUUGAGUGUGUGGAGUGCUGUGGCAGGAACCUCUACGUCGGCACCAAUGACUGCUUCAUCUACCACUUCCUGCUGGAGGAGAAGGCCAUGCCGGCAGGGACAGCCUCCUUCACCGCCACCAAACAGCUGCAUAGGCACUUGGGCUUCAAGAAGCCUGUGAACGAGUUGUGUGCAGCCUCAGCUCUCAAUAGGCUGCUGGUGCUCUGUGACAACUCCAUAACCCUGGUUAACAUGCUCAACCUGGAGCCAGUCCCCUCAGGAGCCCGCAUCAAAGGGGCUACAACAUUUGCAGUGAACGAAAACCCUGUGAAUGGAGACCCUUUCUGCGUGGAAGUGUGCAUCAUCUCUGUGAAGCGCAGGACCGUCCAAAUGUUCCUGGUGUAUGAGGACCGAGUACAAAUUGUCAAGGAAGUGUCCACUCCAGAGCAGCCUCUUGCCGUGGCUGUGGAUGGCUACUUCUUGUGCCUGGCCCUGACCACACAAUACAUCAUCCUGAACUACAGCACGGGUCUUUCCCAGGACCUGUUUCCCUACUGCAGCGAGGAGAAGCCACCCAUUGUCAAGAGAAUAGGCAGACAGGAGUUCCUGCUGGCUGGCCCGGGAGGCCUGGGCAUGUUUGCCACCGUGGCUGGGAUUUCCCAGCGUGCCCCUGUGCACUGGUCAGAGAAUGUGAUUGGGGCGGCUGUGUGCUUCCCCUAUGUCAUAGCGCUCGAUGACGAAUUCAUCACGGUUCACAGCAUGCUGGAUCAGCAGCAGAAACAGACCCUGCCCUUUAAGGAAGGUCACAUCCUGCAGGACUUUGAAGGAAGAGUGAUUGUUGCCACAAGUAAAGGAGUUUACAUCUUGGUUCCAUUACCUCUGGAAAAACAAAUACAGGAUCUGUUAGCAAGCCGGAGAGUGGAAGAGGCUUUGGUUUUAGCAAAAGGAGCCCGGAGGAACAUUCCAAAAGAGAAAUUUCAGGUAAUGUACAGGAGGAUUCUGCAGCAGGCAGGCUUUAUACAGUUUGCACAACUCCAGUUCCUAGAAGCCAAGGAGCUCUUCAGAAGCAGCCAGCUGGAUGUCCGGGAGCUGAUCUCUCUCUACCCCUUCCUGUUGCCCACCUCCUCUUCCUUCACCCGGUCUCACCCUCCUCUUCAUGAGUAUGCAGACCUGAACCAGCUGACCCAAGGCGACCAGGAGAAGAUGGCCAAGUGCAAGCGCUUCCUCAUGAGCUACCUGAAUGAAGUCCGCAGCACAGAGGUAGCAAAUGGCUACAAGGAAGACAUAGACACAGCCCUGCUCAAGCUGUAUGCAGAAGCUGACCAUGACAGCCUCCUGGACCUCUUGGUCACUGAGAACUUCUGCCUGCUGACGGACAGUGCUGCCUGGCUGGAGAAGCACAAAAAGUACUUUGCCCUAGGACUGCUCUAUCAUUACAAUAAACAAGAUGCCUCUGCUGUUCAGUUAUGGGUGAACAUUGUGAAUGGGGACAUCCAGGAUUCCACACGCUCAGACCUGUAUGAAUACAUCGUUGAUUUUCUUACCUACUGCUUAGACCAAGAGCUGGUGUGGACCCAUGCUGACUGGCUGUUGCAGAAAAGUGAGGAGAUUGGAGUUCAAGUUUUCACCAAGAGACCUUUGGACGAGCAGCAGCAGACUCGUUUUAAUCCGGAUGACAUUAUUAGUUGCCUUAAGAAAUACCCUACAGCCCUGGUUAAAUAUCUGGAGCAUCUUGUUAUCGACAGGAGACUGCAGAAAGAAGAGUACCACACCCACCUGGCCAUCCUCUACCUGGAAGAAGUGCUGCAGCAGAGGGUGGCCACUGGCCACCAGGACGUAGAAGCCACUGAGACUCAGGUCAAGCUCCGGAGGCUGCUCCAGAAGUCUGACUCUUACCACAUCCACUUGUUGAAAGAGAAGAUCCAGGGUGCUGGCCUGCCCAUGGAAAGCGCCAUCCUCCACGGGAAGCUGGGCGAGCACGAGAAGGCCCUGCACAUCCUGGUGCAUGAGAUGGGGGACUUCUCUGCCGCUGAGGACUACUGUCUGUGGGGCUCCGAGGGUCAGGACGCAGCCUGCCGUCAGCGCCUCUUCCACACACUGCUUGCCAUGUACCUCCGCGCAGGCCCCUCUGCCCAUGAGCUGACCGUGGCUGCUGUGGACUUGCUGAACCAUCACUCCAGGGAGUUUGACGCCUCCCAGGUCCUGCAGCUGCUGCCUGACACCUGGUCGGUGCAGCUUCUCUGCCCGUUCCUCACGGGGGCUAUGAGGGACAGCAUCCAUGCCAGGAGGACCACACAGGUGGCCCUUGGCCUGGCCAGAUCAGAAAACCUGAUUUACAUGUACGAUAAGAUGAAGCUGAAGGGAAGCGCAGUCCGGCUCUCAGAGAAAAAGCUUUGCCAGCUCUGCCAGAACCCUUUCGGUGAGCCUGUGUUUGUCAGAUACCCAAACGGAGGGCUUGUGCACACCCACUGUGCUGCCAGCAGACACUCGACCCCCAGCACACCCAGCCCUGGUACUCGGACUUGAAAAGCAUGGUUCCAGGCUGCCAAGGGGAUUCUGAGCUCUUUUCCAAACCUGCUUUGUGCCAGCCAGAACAAAGGGAAGGCACCCGGGUGCCAGGGAAACGCCAUCCCUGGGAAACGAGGGCUCCUCACCACUGAUUGUUCUUUGUGUGAAUGUAAAUGGUAAAGGCCUGAAACCCCGAGAAUUGUGACAGGCCAGAGACUACCCGUCCAGGAGGUUACAGUCAUUCAAAGCACAAGCCAACUUGAAAAGCAGGCAGUGUAGCCUGGGUGAUCUGGACACAGGUGGGGUCUGGAGAUGAGGUCCACCUGGCUCAGGUGAGUGUCCAGGGUGCAGAGUCCUGAGGUGGGCACCUCGCCUUAUGAGGAGAUGUGCUCUUCACAUAGGCUCCACAUCUGCCCCUAAGGUGGACAUAGUUUCUAUUCUUCCCAUCCAGUUGUCAACCUCAGAAACCCUCUGUCUUGUUCACUUAAGCACUCACUUGGUGUGAAGUCCCAUGCUUCUGACUGCCUAGCACACAGAGACCUAUGUAGAAACAGGUGAAGCUUGAAGCAGGGGGUGGUGACGAAAUGAUUCAGUGAGGAAGGGCACUUGCCACCAAGCCUGACAACCUGAAUUCAGUGCCCCUCAAGUGG